AUGGCUUAUUACAACCCACGAGGGAUGAACACCGCUGACUAUGUCGACUAUUAUCGAAACCAGGCGGGGGGUGGUCUACCCGGAUAUGCUGGAGGAGCCGUUAUGUACGGAGCUGGCCUAGGAGGACUUUUCAGAGUUUCAGAUAGACGACUUGUGCUGCUGGGUAAAACUGGUGUUGGCAAAAGUGCCGCUGGAAACACAAUUCUUGGACAGAAAGUCUUCAGAUCUGAGAUGGGUGAGGUUACAGUAACCGAUGAAUGUUCAGUGAAUCACACCACUGUUUCAGACAGGAAAGUGUCUGUAAUUGAUACUCCUCCAUUUUUUCACACACACAUUAGCUCUGAGCAGUUAAAGAAUGAGAUAGCAAGAUGUGUUUAUUUGUCCAGUCCUGGACCACACACUUUUCUCGUUGUGCUGAGAGCAGAUAGCAUAUUCAUAGAGGAGGCGCAGCAGAUUCCUCAGAUCAUUGAGAUGAUGUUUGGUAAGGGAGUGUUAAAAUAUUCCAUCAUUCUCUUCACUCAUGGAGAUCAGUUAAAAGGAAAGUCCAUAAAGAACAUCAUUGAGAGGAACAGUAGAAUAAGAGAUGUAGUUGAUCAGUGUGGAGGCAGAUUUCACGUCUUCAACAAUGAAGAUGAGAAUAACAGAGAGCAGGUGAAUGUUCUAAUGCAGAGGAUUGACACAAUGAUAGAGCAGAAUGGAGGAGAACAUUACAGUAAUCAGAUGUUUGAAGAUACUCAGAGAAGAAGAGAGGAGACCAAAAGAGGACGAGGAGAGAAAACAGCAACAGAAACAAAGUCAGGAAAGUGUCUGUAG